AUGGAAGAUACAAUUCUAAACCUCUGUCUGAAUUCUCCAUCAAUAACAUGCAUGGUAUGGAAUGUCCAGGGAGCGGGAAACCAUAACUUCAUCUCAGCACUCAAGGAAGUUGUUCGGUCUAAUAGACCUAAUGUUAUUGCACUUAUUGAAACUCAUAUGGGAGGGCAACAAGCCCAAAAGAUCUCGACUGUACUUGGCUAUUCCGGGCGUACUCGAGUUGAUGCACAGGGUUUCAGCGGAGGCAUUUGGAUUUAUUGGAAGCCUGAAUUGGUACUAGUUGAAACUAUCCUGAAACAUAAUCAGCAUAUAACUAUGGACAUCAAGAGGGUUGGGGAUACUCCUUGGUAUUUCACGGCCGUAUAUGCUACCCCAGAUCCCACGAAAAGAAAAGAGCUAUGGAUUAAGCUAAAAGAAUUUGCAUCCACGCACAACAAGCCAUGGCUAAUUGCGGGUGACGUUAAUGAUACUCGCUUCCCUUCGGAGCGUAAGACGUCUUGUAAUGAGACGAAUCAAAGGUCUGCCCGAUUUAACGCUUGGAUUGACGAUAUGCAAUUGAUAGAAGUUGAAUUUUUAGGAGCUAUGCACACCUGGUCGAGAGGUCUUAUCCCAGAGACGAGACAAAGUGGCAGACUUGAUCGAGCCCUUUGUAAGGGGAAUGGGGGCUUAGAUUCGAAGCUGCUAAGGUGA